AUGUGGAGAAACAGAAAAAAAGGUGUAGUUCUGAAGAAGCCUAAGGCUAAGACGGAUCUGAAAAAUAAUCAGAAGCAUGUCCCAAACGGUGGUAAGGCGGUUGGCUCUUCGUCAGGUCUGAUAGAUAAGGAGAAGAAAUCAAUCCCGGUUGACGUUGUUGAUAUCCCGCCUCCGAUUCCCCCUGAGAGUGGUAAACAAGUGGAUGGAAGUCAUAGCUUGGUUGAAAAUGUUAUCCUCCCGCACUCAGUUGUGCAUGAAGAAAGCCAAAGGCUUGCUAAGGAUCAGAUUUUUGUCUCUUUAGAAAUUCCAGAUGAUGUAAGUUCAGAGGAGGAGAUUGAAGAAAUAUAUGCAGAGGAUCCCCCGGUGAGGAACUCCCACCAGACUUUGCGGCAAGCUUCUGAUGAUGGGUUGCAUAUGACGCAAGAGCUGAUGAUGAAUAAUGUAGUGGAAGGUAGUCGAUCAGAUGGUGAACUGGAUGAAUCCCAAGGGUUUAAUACGGUUGCCAUAAGGAGAGGCAGGAAAACGAAGGAAGAGUGGCUGGAAAUGCAAAAGGGUCUUGAGCCCCGACGUUCAGCCCGCUUAAACUAA